GGCCGCUUUCGCCACUCCCAGCAUGGCGGUGCGGGGGCUUUGCGUCCCCUCGCGAACCCUUUUCCCGCGCUCCGCUCGGCAUUGGCGUGCAUCAUCUCUCUGCGCCGCGGCGCUUACCGAUGACGUAACCGGCCACCUCAGUUCUCGGCUGAGAAAACUGCGGCUGCCGAAAUUGGGGAUGUGCAGGUUGGAACUACAGCACCUCACUUAAACCUGGAGCCAUGGGUAGGACUUACCUUGUCGAGGAAAGUAUUGGGCAGUACCUGACAGAGCUCAGCACGAAGGUGAAGCCAUAUGUCACUGGCCUGUUGAUAGGGCAGUGUUCCCCACAACGGGACUACGUCGUUCGGGCUGUGCGAACCCCUCCCAAGGAGCAGCAGCAGGAGGAGAGCGUGGGCCCUCCCAGGCUGGCAUCCCUGGAUGAGGAGUGGAUCACCACACACGCCAGCCAGGUGUCCAGAAUGCUCCCUGGAGGGUUGCUGGUUCUUGGUGUGUUUAUGAUUGCAACUCCAGAGCUGGCAAAAGAUGGUCAAAAUGCUCUGCGCAAGCUCAUCUUCUCCGUGGAAAAGUCCUUGAGUAAAAGAAGGCUCUGGAAACCUACUGAGGAGGAUGUCUCAGACAGAGCAGCACUUCAAAUCUGUUCUGUGACAAAAAAAGUAGUUUGCCGAACCUACGAUGUGCAGGACCUGAAGAGCUCAGCUAAACCAGCAGACUGGAAAUACCAGAGUGCUCUGACUGCUUCCUGGGUAGCUUUGGGCUGCACAGUAAAUGUGAACAUCCACAUUCCACUUCUUGCUACUUCCCCCAACCACGACCUGGAGAAGAACACCAAGAAUGGGUUAAACCGAUGGUCAAAACAGAUAGAAGACAGUGUUUUUCUGAUCAAUGGCCAAGUUAAAGAUGAGGAUACAGAACUGCUGGAGGGGCAGAAAAAGUUCAGAGGAAAUACUCAGCCCAGCCCUCAGUUUUCUGAUGUCAAGGUUCUGACACAGCUGGGCCAGGCUGGCAGCGCCAGGUCCACGGCCACGGUGCAGGUGUGCAGCGGCUCCAUCAACCUCCGGGGCGCUGUCAAGUGCAGGGCCUACGUCCAUGGCAACAAGCCCAGGGUCAGAGAAGCCAUUCAGGCUUUGAAAAGAGACAUAAUAAACACAUUGAGUGAUCGGUGUGAAAUACUCUUUGAAGAUCUGAUUUUAAAUGAAGGACCUCAGAAAAAAAAUUUUGGGAGGGAAUAUCAUGUCUUGCCUCAGAGACUGUUUGUCCCAGUUGCUGGAUCCACUGUGAUGCUCAGUGAUUACAAGUUUGGUGAUGAGGCUGCUGCAGAAAUCCAGGAACGUUUUGUGGAGAUGUUGGAUCAGCCUGUGCAAGCUGAAGAUAUGCACAUUGCUGAGGACAUUAGCACAGUUGAUAUUUGCCCAGUGGCUGACAGCCCGAGUGACACACAACAAAAGCAAGAGCUGACAAAAGCAACGUUGCUGUUGAAGCUCCAGCAAAAUAUGGGGCUGGUCGUGGCAGCUGCUGUUGCAAUCCUGGCAUCUAUUUUCUCCUUCAACUACUUCAGUGAUUGAUCUCCAGUGAUUGAACUCCAGCCACCAGAGCUCCUGGGAAGUGUUGGCCGUUCACAAGGUGGAAAUAGCUGGGGUUAAUCUAUUAGUAAUUAAGAAUUCUUGCCUAAAUCUCACCAGGUAGAUGUGCAAUGUAAACUGUAAUGGUAGGUUCAGUUACCUUGUUCCAUCAUGCACUUCCUAGAUCAAGUAGAAUUAUGCACUUACAGACUCAAGUAGAGGGUGAAUCAGGUUUACAAGAAACUAACUCUGUCGCUCUGUAUAAAUGAAUGAUAAUAUUAUUUUCUGGAGAGGUCCCUUAAACAAACAUAGAACCUUCAAUUUCUUCCUCUUGGCUCCUUUAAUGCAAAAUGCUGCUCCUGGUGUUUCUCAGGGUAUUGGUAAAACCUGCAUAGUGACCUGGUAUGACAAUUCCUGCUUUAAGGGUUCCUUUGCUAAGAGAAAUCUUAUUUUAUUACAGUUAAUUGGGGGUGAAUUAGUUUUAGUGAAACCAGCAUUUCACCGUAUGCAUUGUUUUAGAUAAUACUGGCUAACUAGCCUAAAAUGCAUAUGAAUAGUUUCUAAAAGUUUCAAGACUAGACCAAGGCAGCCUGUAAAUAGCUUGGUUCAAGACAGGAGAACUCAGAAAUCAGUGAAAUGCAUGGCACUGCUGAGCUGUAUGUAAGCUGCUGCCUUUGAUUCAGUGCCUCCCCAUGAGGAUUUCUCUGUCCAGCCCCAGUACAAUCAUUGUUAUCUUGGAAUCUGAACUGUUUCAGCAACAGUCACACCUAGGCAGGCCUUGUGGGUUAUCUUGUAGAUACAGGCCAGUUAUCAAAAUAAUUGCUAAUCAGGACUUUCAGAUUAUAAACAGAGAGCUUUCCCUUGUGAGAGAUUCUGUUGGCCUGUUUUAUGUUUACUUGACAUGAGGAAGGUGGAAGGAGGGAAUGAAUUCUAGUAAGGCUAAUAAAGAUAAUUUGUACAUGAAGUGUGGUGUUUACUUGGACUGAAUUACAACAGGAAAGAAUUAAAAGCAUUUUAAUACCAAUGCAAAUUCCUUUCUUUUGUUUGUACACAGUGGAACACAAACAAAAAAAAAUAAACCCUUUGAUUCUAAAGCAUAAUCAAGUAUGUACUGGGAUACAUUUAUUAAAGAUAACUCUGUGAAAGA